GAGGAGGGGGACGCACUCAGCUCUGAGGUGACUCCACGCAGGACACGGAUUUCUCUCCCCCCUUCAGAAGCGUGGAGAACCACUUUGGACUCCGCUCAUGUUGUCGCUGGGAGAGCAAAUGUAGCCGCGUCUGGUGAAGCGGCGGCGGCUCCUGCUCUGCACCUGACUCCCCUCACCGACACCGACCACCAGGAGGACAAACUUCCGCGCAAGUUGGACUCGGCGCGGACGCUGCUGCCUCGCGGCCGAAUUUGCGCAAAACCCCCCUUUUUUCUGCACAUUGAACGCUGCACCACCGAGGCGAGACGGCGACCUCAGUCGAUUACCUUUCCUUCCUUUGCUAUCCGAUGGAUAUUCACUGCAAAGCGGACCCCUUCUCAGCCAUGCACCGGCACGGCGGUGUGAACCAGCUCGGCGGGGUGUUUGUCAACGGCAGACCCCUCCCAGACGUGGUCCGGCAGCGGAUCGUGGAGCUGGCCCACCAGGGGGUCCGUCCUUGCGACAUCUCCAGACAGCUCCGGGUCAGUCACGGCUGCGUCAGCAAAAUCCUCGGCAGCUAUCAGAAGGCAUUUCAGAGGUAUUAUGAAACUGGCAGUAUUAAACCCGGGGUGAUUGGUGGAUCCAAACCCAAAGUUGCAACCCCAAAAGUUGUGGAUAAAAUUGCGGAGUACAAGCGCCAGAACCCGACCAUGUUCGCCUGGGAGAUCCGGGACCGACUACUGGCGGAGGGCGUGUGUGACAACGACACGGUUCCGAGCGUCUCCUCCAUCAACAGGAUUAUCCGCACCAAAGUCCAGCAGCAGUUCCACCCGUCCCCUGAUGGAUCCGUCACACCACUCUCCACGCCGGGCCACACUAUAGUGCCCAGCACGGCCUCCCCGCCCGUAACCAGUGCCUCCAACGAUCCAGUAGGAUCCUACUCCAUCAACGGCAUUCUGGGUAUCCCCAGGUCUAAUGGCGAGAAGCGGAAACGAGACGAUGUUCUCUGGACUGGAAACCACUUGGACGGCAGGAAAAUAGCACAUUGUGGUUCUGAAGGCUCCGGGCCUGGAAGCGACUCCCAGGGCAGCGUGGAGAGUUUAAGGAAGCACCUGCGAGCAGACGCCUUCACCCAGCAACAGUUGGAGGCACUGGACCGAGUUUUUGAGCGGCCGUCGUACCCGGAUGUCUUUCCUACUUCGGAGCACAUCAAACCUGAGCAGGCCAAUGAGUACUCGCUCCCGUCUCUUAAUCCCGGCAUAGAAGACGUGAAGCCGAGCCUGUCCUCCAGCGGAAGCUCCGAUCUCGCGGCCAGUGUUUCCCAGAGUUACUCUGUUGUGACAGCAGACUCUCACUCAUCAUAUCCACCAUCCAUGUGCGUAAAGCGGGAGCCCCAUGAGGCGUCCUUUGCCCCCUUCACUCCCUCCUCAGUGGGGGACUCUGCGUUAGCUGACAUCUUGUCCCAGCAGUCCAGCCUCUCUGUAGAUGCCUCCACUCCCAGCUACCCUGCUCAUGCCCAAGGCCCCUGCUACAGCCAGUAUACCAGCCAGCAAUUUAUAGCAGGUCGAGACAUGGCCAGUACUACCUUACCCGGCUACCCGCCUCACGUCCCUCCCACGGGACAAGGCAGCUACCCAACUUCUACACUGGCUGGAAUGGUUCCAGGUGGAGACUUUUCUGGAAACCCUUACUCUCAUCCACAGUACACCACGUAUAACGAAGCCUGGCGGUUCAGCAAUCCAGCAUUACUAAGUUCCCCUUAUUAUUAUAGUGCCGCAUCCCGUGGCGCCGCACCUCCCACUGCUGCCACUGCCUACGACCGCCACUAGUUACCAUGGAGACCAGCACAAACUGCAAGACCACAGCUUCGGCCUCCAUAUUGUCCCCGUCUGAGUAAAACCCUGAGGCCGAACGCGAGCGAAGAGGAGCCCCGCCAUGUUGCAGAGGAGGAUCCGGCCAGGUGGACGCCAUCGCACCCGGACCUGCUUCAGCGUGACACACAUUUGGGCUCGAGUCUGGUGUUCAGAACUUCAUGAACAAUUCCAGAAAGACUUUGAAGAGAUUAUAUAAAUAUAAAUAUAUAUAUAUAUUAUAAAAUACAAAAUUGAUGAAAACCAGUGUGAAGAAUACCACGUGGACAAAAAUGUUGUGGGUUUUUAUUUUUAUGUUGCUGUUGGUGGUGUUUUAUUCAUGUUUCCUCACAUUCCUUUGAACUGCAGUAUUUUCCAUUAAGGCUGAGAUCGGUCCUGAUGAUGUAGAGAGUUGGUUUGGGACUUUGGCCUUUUAUUUAUUUCAACUUUCACAGAAGACUUGUACUGUUUAGAUCUUUGCAAACAAAACAUUUUUAUUUUAAAAUAUCAUUUUUCAGUAAUUCCAAAUCCAAUUUUCCAGGUUUUUUUUUAUCCAGAUUGGAUCCAUUUAACCCAUGAUAAAUCAUUAUUAAAUGCUUUUCCGAAUCAGUUUUCUGGUACAGGGCUAUGCCACAAUUAUUAAUGAAUUGACUGAGAAAUAGUCUUUUCUGUCACUGGAAGUGUAAUGUGCUCCUAUUGUGGAUGUUUGUAACUUCAUUAAUUUCCAUUUAAUAAUUUGUUCAGUCUGGUAAUUCAUUGUUUGUGGAGGACUUCUGUCAGAGACUCAGCAUAGAUCUUCUGCCUGAGUCAAAAAUAUCUACGUAAAAUCAGCCAGCUGUGAUCCAUUGAAGGUUAACUGGAGCCCACGCUCAAAAAACACAAUCACUUCCUGUUUCCCGACGACUCUCAGUAUAGUCCUGACCAUAGUUCCUGUGGCGUAUCAAAGCAAAAUCCCUUUGAUUUUUUUCCUGUAACUUCUGAUUCACACAGAUGAACCCCCAAAUCUUAGCUUCAAAACUGACUCUGCAACUGGAAGUGAAAUAAAUACAUUUUUGCCUUUAAAACGUUCAUAUACCCUCAUUUAAUUUUAUGCAACUCUCUAUGUGGACUAACAGUUUUUUGGGGGGAAAUAAUUUUGUGAAUGUACUUGUAACUACAUUUGCCAAAGACUUAGGUUAUUAUUUAAUAUUUUAUUUACAGUCUAUGUACAUGAAGCAGUAUUAAGACAACAUGGGACUCUUCAAAUGACGUGUUGCGUUUGACUGAAGCGGUGACACAUUCAAUAUUACAACCUGUAACAGCAAACGCUGCUUUGUAGAGUGAUAUGUGAAUAAUGUGAAGACAAGUCUUCUCUGUAAAUAUGAUGACGCUCACAACAGCGGUACGACACUGUCUAUCCGGCUCUUUUGUAGAUAAACAGAGAAAAAAAAUCCAUUACAUUUGUGUCUUAAUGUAACGUUGUGCUGUAGAGAAAAGGCACAACGCCGCGUGACCCGCGGCUGCGGUUGUAGCCAGGUUCAAAUGCUAACAUCACAUAGUCGUCUUCGUCCUUUUGGUUUAUUUUGAUGUCAUUUUUUUUUUGUCACUAUGCAACGACUUUCUGUAUCAACUUUUGUUGUUGGGCAAGAAAAAAGAGCGACAAGUUUCAUUUACUGACGUCACAAUCAAAAGAUAUCACGAUGUUUACUGUCCAGUCGUGUGGUGAUCAGACGGAUAUCCCAUAUUAAAGUAAUAACUUAUUCCCAUGAACACCCUGGCCAGGUUUUAUUUUCAUCCGUUACCAGAUGAUGUCACGGUCCUGCUCUUUAUUAAAUUGCACUUAGGACAAGCUUUUCUCGGUUGUUGUACUCUACACUCAAGUUUUCAUCUUCGCUUCAGUUGGCGGAGAAAGCCCUUUGUUGGUAUCUGGACUUUCGCCCUUGUAAAGAAGACACAGGACAGGUGGCGGACUUAAG